GAAACCGUGAUCAACCGCCUUCUUACUAUUCUUCUCAAACAUCUUCGAGUAACAAUCAGGGAUAUGCACCAAAUUUCGCACCUAACAACAAUAAUGGAUUUUCACCAAACUUUGCAUCUAAUAAUAAUAAUGGCUAUCCACCAAAUUUUGCACCUAAUAACAACAAUGGCCUUUCACCAAACUUCGCACCUAAUAACAACAAUGGCCUUUCACCAAACUUCGCACCUAAUAACAACAACGGCCUUUCACCAAAUUUCGCACCUAAUAACAACAACGGCCUUUCACCAAAUUUCGCACCUAAUAACAACAAUGGCCUUUCACCAAACUUUGCAGCUAAUAACAACAAUCAGUAUCCACACAGACCACAAAUGUUACCACAACAACAAAAUUUUAUGCCUAUGCAGCAUCAACAACAACAAGCUGCUGCUAACCAACCUAAUUUUGAAAU